GCAAACAUUGAUGCUGAUGCAGAAGAAGGGGAUGUGUCUGAUGAAGACAGCGGUGAAGAGGAGGAGGAGGAAGAGGAGCAAAUUAAUGGAGAUACCACAGAAGGAGCACCAGAGACAGGUGAUGAAUCAAAGAAACGCUCACGGAGGUCGUUCAUGGGCAGCUUCAGGCGCAAGAAGAAAAAACGUGUGAAAUUAAAAAAGAAGCCCAUCCUGAGUGACUCUGAUACUGAGCUGGAAACCCCAAGCGGUAAUGAUAAACAGGUCAUCGACUAUGGCAAACGGAGGAAAACAAUGAGACUUUCUCGCGCCCUCUCUGAUCUCGUUAAAUACACAAAGUCGGUGCGUGUUCAUGAUAUAGAAACUCAAGCAUACAUGUGCAGCUGGCAGGUCUCCUCCUUAAACGAGAGUAUAACUAACCAGAUUCUGCAGCUAAAACCUGCUCAGUUAGUUCGCUUCAAUCAACGGCAACUCUUAAGAGUCUACCCCUCCAACUUCCGUGUCGAUUCGAGCAACUUCAAUCCUCAGCCUUUUUGGAAUGCAGGAUGUCAUUUAGUUGCUCUCAACUAUCAAACAGAAGGCCGUAUGCUACAGCUGAACAGGGCAAAAUUUGCAGCAAAUGGAAACUGCGGCUAUGUGCUGAAGCCAAAAUGCAUGUGUAAAGGUGCCUUUAAUCCUACGCUGGAAGACCCUUUGCCGGGACACAGGAAAUCUCAGCUAGUGCUCAAGAUAAUUAGUGGCCAGCAGCUACCGAAGCCAAAAGACUCCAUGUUAGGGGACAGAGGAGAGAUCAUAGAUCCCUUUGUGGAAGUGGAGAUAAUUGGAUUGCCUAUUGAUUGUAAUAAACAGCAGACAAGAGUAGUAGAUGACAAUGGUAAGUACAAAUCUAGAUUGUGCAAACCAAAUUUGGCAGUACUGAUAAUUCAAAUAUAAUAUCAUCUAUAAGGUUAGUGGUUGAUUCAUAUGUGUUUUUAGUGACUGACACUGAUGGAAACAGGACGUCAUUAUUCACCCGUAACACAAUUUAUUUAUAUUUUUCAUUUAAAUAAAUGCCAGACAGAUGUCUUUGUAUUUUUUAAAGCACUUUGCCAAGUAAAAGGAAGAUGACUUU